AUGGACACACUGUAUAAUGAUUUGAUGAAUCUAUGUUCUCAAGACGAAAUCUUCUAUUUCAAAGACACUCGUUUACACGGUAUAGACUACCGUAUAUUCAAUCAUCGCCUUUGCUCCUAUGGACGAUUCCAGACGCAUCCGGCAGCUCGAAAUUGUUGUGGAGUUAUGUUCAACAUUACAAACACAAAAUGUGCACAACUCGUUUCAUUACCCUUAGAAAAAAUUUUCGAUUACGAAGAAGGUUUUGGUCAGAAGCAAUUUCAUGAACGUGGUCGACUCGGUGUUAAAAUGGAUAAAAUGGACGGAUCACUGAUGACAACAUUCUUACAUGGUAGAGAAUCGAAAGACCAAAUACUUCGACUGAAAUCUAAACAAUCAUUAACAUCGAAUCAAGUUCAAGAAGCUAUGCGUUUACUUAAAGGUGAAUUCAAAACUGAACUAGAACGUUUAGUUUGUCUUAAUUACACAGUCAAUAUGGAAUACACAACGCCAUCCAAUCAUGUGUUUGUUGCUUACGCAGAACCUCAGCUGACUGUUCUAUCUAUUCGAUGUCAUGAAAACGGUGAAACUCUAUUUGGUAAUCGACUAAGAGAUUUUCUACUCGAACGUCAUUUUCUGACAAUUGUGAAUCGUCUCGUUCCUUUUCAAACCAUUCCAUCCAAUGUCACACAAAAACAAUUGCUUGAAGAUACUUACCAAGAAACGUUGUGCGAAGGUUAUGUUGUGGAGAUCAUACAUCCUGGAAGAUCUUCGUACCUCGUCAAGAUCAAAACACAAAAGUAUUUUAUGAUUUAUGGAGAUCGUGGAACCGAAAAUUCUCCGAGAGCAUUAUUCGAAGCGCUCAUUUAUGGAGAUAAAGAACAUUUAAUAGAUCUCUUCAAAGACGACAUCACAACAUUGGAAAGAAUCGCAGACAUGGAGCAACAUAUACGACCGAAAUAUCAUCACAUUAUUCAGUUAGUUGAAGAGUUUUACUUAUUGAACAAACAUUCGUCGAAAAAAGAUUUCGUACGCUCAGUCACCAAUAGUGAACAUAUGAAGAUUUAUUUACCACUUUUGGUGAGAUUAUAUAGUGGCGACGAUAAUGAUUAUAAAGGAUUCGCGAUGAAACAUGCAAAAGAUCUCUUCGGAGUAGGUGGUAAAAUGUAUCAAGACAUGAUAACGAUGCAUCAAGACAAAAAUGGCGAGUAUAAGUCAAAGUGA